UUUUUUUUUUUUUUUAAAGGAGUUUGCGGAAAACCGCCGGGCUCCGUCAGUCGCAGCCUGAGCAGCCGAGAUUGAGGAGGGCGGCGCAGCACCCCGACAUCUUUAUUCUCGCUAUCCCCGCGUCGUCGUUCCUGGGCGGGAACCGCGGCUCUUCGGGCAGAGGAGGUGCGGGAGACGACGCCUUAAGCAGCCGCUCGCCGCCACACCGCCGAGGGCAGCCAUGGGAGCGGGCAGCUCUGCGGAGCAGCGUAGCCCGCAGGACGGGGCCACUGCAGCAGGCGAGUCCCAGCCCGGCAGCCCCGAGGAGCAAACGCCGACGGCGGCCGAGCCGGAGCAGCCGGAGGACCCCGCCAAGCUUCUACAAAAGAAUGGACAGAUAUCCAGUAUUAACGGAAUUACAGAAGAGCAAGUGGAGCUCAACCUCAAACCAGAGGAGCUGAAAGGACAGCAGGAAGAAGUUGUCAUAACAGAUGUUGGGCAAAGAGAAACUACAAAUGUGAUUCUGAAAGAGGAGUCUGCAGAAAAUAUGGAGCCUAAGCUACCAGAAUCAGUUGACAAAACUGAUGUAAGUGAUGAACAGAAGGACACACAAGAUGCCGACAAACAUUUGCCAUUGUCAGAAGAAAAAACAGAAGAACUGGAACAACCAAGUGAAUCUCCAUCAAAUGAUGUUGGAUUUAAAAAAGUUUUUAAGUUAGUUGGAUUCAAAUUCACUGUCAGAAAGGAUAAGACUGAGAAAGUAGAACCUGUUCAGCUUUUGAAUGUAAAAGCAGAUGAUACAGAAGUGGCAUCAGAUGGAGCUGGAGAUUAUAAAGAAAUCAAGAUUGAGACAGUGGAAGAAUCAACCCGAAGUGAGGGCCCCCAUGGUGUAGAAAAGAGUGAGCAAGAGACUCAGACUGAACAGAUUAAAGAAGGAACUUCUCCUGAAAAGGUAAUAGAAAGCUCUACUGAAGCAGGGAGUAAGGAGACAGAAAUGAAAAGCAAUGGCAGCAAAUCUCCAGAGUCUCCAACAAGCCCAUUAACUAGUGAAACAGCAUCGCCUCUGAGAAAAUUCUUUACCCAUGGUUGGGCUGGCUUUAGAAAAAAGACGAGCUUUAGAAAACCUAAAGAAGAAGAAACACAAGCUAUUGAGAAAGAAAAGCAGGAAAAAGAGGCAAUAAAAGAAGAUACUACUUUGAAAGAAGAACUAGAAAAAGAAAAACCCAUACCAGAAAAAAGUAAGUCAGAAGCUUCUGUAGACACCAGUUAUGAGAAAGUGGAAAAGGAGACAGAGAAAAGAGAAGAAACAAAAAUGAUAGAUGCUUCAACAGAAACACAUCAGGAGGAAGCUAUUACUCCUGCUGAACUGCUUUCAGUAGAAGAGUCUGAUGAAAGUCUAAACAAAGACUCCAAAAUAAGCUUGAAAGAGACAAUUGCACUGGCCUCAGAGGAAAAAUUGGAACCAGAACAAGUAUGUAUAAGAGAUGUAGAGCAAAGUACUCUGAGCUCAUCUGAGAAAAAACCUGAGCUAGCAGCUCAUUUGACAGAUGAAGUCAUUGACAAACAAACAGACCAAUCAAGUCCAACUUCCCCAUUAGAAGUAAAAAGAGUGGAGGAGCACGUUGAAGAUAAAACUGAACCAAACGCUCCUCUAGCCAUAGAAUUUUUGGAUGAAAAACCCACAGAUAUGAACAUUGAUGUGAGUACUGCAGUAAAGAAGGAAGAACCAAAAAUAACUAAAAAAGAAUUAGUACUUGAACAAUUAGUUGGAACAGAUGCUGAGCUUCAAAGAGGGCAACCCACUGAAGAACAGCUGAAAGUCAAAGAAAUCUUACCUGAAAUAGUGAAGGAGCAGGUCAAGCAAACAGAACUAACAGAAGCAGCAACAUCUAAACCUUCAGAAGGCUUUACAAAUGAAGUUGAAUUGCUCUCAUCUCAAGAAAAAGCCAAGAUGCAAGGCAGCCCCUUAAAAAAGCUUUUUACAAGUACUAGUUUAAAGAAGCUGUCGGUAAAGAAACAUAAAGGAAAAAGAGAAGAAGCUAAAUCAGGGGAAACAGCGGAACAAAUGCAGCAAUUGUCUGAUUCUGCAGAAAGCCCAGAAGAUCCAAGGGGAGAAAGCUCUGCUUCUUCUCCCGAAGAAGCAACAGAAUCUGUAGAAAAAGUUGCAGAUGCAGCACAGAUCACUGAAACUGAAGAAGGGUCCACUUCAGAUAUAGAGAAGAAAAGAGAAAGUAUUACUCCUUGGGCAUCAUUUAAAAAAAUGGUGACACCUAAGAAACGAGUCAGGAGGCUUUCUGAAAGUGACAAAGAAGAUGAGCUUGAGAAGCCAAAGAGUGCUACUUUGUCUUCAACUGAAAGUGCCCCCUGUGAAGAACAAGAUACUAAAGAAAAUGGUGAGGAACAGAAAUUAGAAAAAAGCACAGAAGAGCCCAAGAGAAAGGUUGAUACUUCUGUAUCAUGGGAAGCCUUAAUUUGUGUAGGUUCAUCUAAGAAAAGAACAAGAAAAUCAUCAUCUUCUGAUGAAGAAAUAGGACAAAGAUUUGCUCAGGAAGUUCAAAAAAUAGAUGAAGGUGCAUCAAAUAAAGAAAUAGCCCCAGAUAUGACUUUUACUAGCUCACAAGAAAGUGACCAAGGACAAGGAAAUUCCUCACCAGAACAAGCUGGAAGUCCAUCUGAAGGUGAGGGAGUUUCUACAUGGGAGUCUUUCAAAAGGCUAGUAACCCCAAGAAGAAAAUCUAAAACUAAGAUGGAAGAGAGAAAUGAAGAAUAUGCCAUGGCUGCAAGUUUAGAACAUUCUACUUCAGAUGGAGAUUCUGGAAAAGAAGAAUCCUGGGUUUCAUUUAAAAAAUUAAUGCCUGGUCGUAGGAAGAAAAAGUCAGAUGGAAUACCAGAACAUGCUCCAGUUCAGGAAGCUGGAGAAGAAAUGGUAGAAGCCAAUGAUGACGACUCUGACAUACCUGCUGUUGUUCCUUUAUCAGAGUAUGAAGCUGCUGAACAAGAGAAAUGUGAGGCUCCAAAGAUGACACAAGAUGAAAUACUUAAGAAAACUUCAGCACAGAGCACAGAAAAGUCAGAAGGUACUUUAAUAGUUGAACAGUCCAGUGAAGGAUUGGUUCAUGCCAUUACUGUUACAGUGGUAGAAGGAGAGAGAGCAAUUAUGAGUAUUGAUGAAAGGUCGCCAUCUUGGAUAUCUGCUGCUAUGACAGAGUCCAUUGAACAUGCAAGUGAAGAUGAAGAGAAACUAACUGAGCAGGUCUCUGAAACUGGAAUUGUUGAAGAAACAGUGGUGAUUUCUAAACUCAUGCCAGAAAUUAGAGAGGAUGCUAGUGGUGAAUCUAUAAUCAGUGAAAUUGAGAUAACCUCAGAAGCAAUUACAGCUCGAGAAGAAGCUUCUGGUGUUGAAGAAGCAACUGAAGUAUCCUGUGCUGAAGAGACAACUGAGAUGGUUUCAGCAGUUUCAAGGUUGUCUGAAUCGCCUGAUACAACAGAAAUAGCUACACCUGUACAGGAGCCAGAGGAGAGCUCACAAAACCUAGAACAAUUAAACAAACACACACAGGAAAUUCUGCAGGAAGUUGCUGAAAGAGUUACAUUGUCUGAUGAAGUGCAAGUGAUUGGUGAAAGCAUGUCAGAAAUAGUAAUUCAGUCAGUGUCAGUAGAGAAAGUUGGGCAAGAAAUUACUGUCAUAUUGACUGAACCACCUCUAAAGGAAGCUGAACUGGCUGAAUCAUCUUUAAAAGAAGAAGAACCUGAGAAGACUGAUAUGCAGAUAGAUGAAGACACAGAAAGUCAUCUAAGUAAAGCUGAAAUUAAAGAAAGUGUUCUGAAGGAAGUGAUGAAGAAGAGUGAUGAUGUGUGCAUGAAGGUGGAAGACAGCUCAAAAGAAACUAUCAGCUUGGAUAGGACUGAUGAAAUUCGACCUCCAAAGGUUGAACAAGAAGUUGUAGAAAGACCUGAAGAAAUUAUUGAAAAGCAGACAGUUGAAGAGAUUUCUGAAGAGGAAGAAUUUGUUAUUGUUACAGUAAGUCCUGAAGAGGAGCCAGAAGUUGGUGAUAUAGUUGGAAAGGAGCCAGUACCAUCAGUCAAAAUGGAAAAUGAAGAAUACUGUAGUACAAAUAUAGUACAGGAGGUCAAAAUGGAUUUAGAAAAAACACCACAAGUUGGGAUUCCAAAAGCUGUUGUUGCAGAAGCGGAUGACUCUGCAAAAACAACAUGUGAAGAGAAGCCUCUAUUGUCCCAGGAAUGUGAUGAUGUGGUGACUAUCACAUCUGAUACAAGAGCAGAACAGAGAGAAACAGGUGCAAUUGAAUUAAAGAAGGCCCUUUCACAGAAUGAAGUAAAAGAGCUUGAGGCACCCAUCCAGAAUGCAGUAACUAAAGACAGUGACUUGGGUACAGCUGAAGAUGCUGCACUUGGCUUAGAAACAAGCACAGAGGAAGUUGCAGUUGAGACCCAUGUAUCAAACAAAGACCCCGAGGUCUCUGUGGAAAGUCUGGAAAUUGAGAUGCAUGUGCAGAAGAAGGAACCUGAGGCCCAACUGCCAGAAUUAGAUAACUCUGUGGUGAAUGGGGAACCGGAGCCUCUCCUGUUGGAGACACAAAUCCAUGCAGAGAUUAUAGAAAAAGAAAUGCCAAUUAGAAAGGAAGUGGACAUUGAUCAGCAGAAUUUGGAGACCAUGGUCUGUAUACAGAAAAUAGAAACUAAUGCUCUCACAGAAAAACAAGAAGGCAAGUCCCACAUACAGAGUGUGGAAGCAAAGGUUCUGGCAGAGAAGGAAGAAUUAAAAGAUGUGGAGUUUCCUACUGAGAGGGCAGAAAUGGAGUCUGCCAUGGAAGAUGAGGCAUAUGUUAAAGAGACAGAAGAACAGGCCUUUGCAGAAAAAGCACGUGCAAAGUUGGAUGUAAAAGCCCUCACAGAGAAGGUGGAUUUGGCCACAGAUGCAGGAAAGAAAGAAGCAGAAUUUGCCAGAACAAUGAUUGAAGAAGAGACAUCAAUAAAGAAGUUGGAAUCGGAGGCUUUCAUGGAGAAGAUGGAAGGGGAGGUCCCUGUGGAAAGAGCAGAAGCAGAAGUCCUAAUAGAAAAGGCAGAUGCAACAGGAUAUGUGGAUGUUCCCACCGAUAAGGCAGAUGCCAAGUUAGAAGCAGAGCUCACUGCAGAGAAGGUGGAUGUGGAGGUCCCAUCAGAGCAGACAGAUGCAAAGCUGGAUGAGGAAGUCCCUGCAGUGAAAAUGGAUAUGGAGUCCCACGCAGAAAAAGAUUCAGAGGUUGCCAAGGAAAAGAGUGAUGUGGAAGUUCCUGCAGAGAAAACAGAUGUUGAGCACUCUACAGAGGAAGCAAAAAUGGAAUUCUCUGUAGAAAAAGCAGAAGCUGAGGUCUUCACAGGUAGCACAGAAGUGGAGUCUUCCAAAAAGAAGACAGGUGUGGUGGUCUUUGCAGAAAAGGUAGAUACAAAGAUGGAUGCUAAAGCUUCCUCAGAGAAGGUGGCUGAGGAGGUCCCUGCAGACCAGUCAGAAGAAAUGAUGGAAACAGAAGCCAUCACCAAGCUUACAGAACCAAAGGAGAUCCUACAAACUACAGAAGAUGAAGUGAGAUUUCAGUCUCAGGUUGAAGAUAUUACAAAAUCCUUAGCAACAUGUAUUGAGGUGACUUCAGCUGAAACCUCAGUGCAUAUUGAUUCAGAGCAAGCAUCUGUGGCAAGUGACAGGGAUGGAAUCCCAGUGCAAACAGAGAAGCAAGAUGUUGUCCUUUCCUUAAAACCAAAAAGUUCUGAUGCAGUUUUUACUGAGGACCCUUCAAAGAGUGGAGUAAAGACUGAUCUCUCUGCCUUAGAACAAAAAUCAUCAGAGGACAUUUUAACUGAGGAAAGAAGUCCAAUUAAAAUAUCAGCACCAAAGCAGGAUGAAGAGGAUCCCACGCAGACAUAUGGCAAAUUUACCUUGGAAUCACAAUGCAUAGAAGUAAUUGCAGAUGAAGUCCGGGAAAAGAAAGACUUGAAGGAUGCCGCAUUAGAAGGAUCAAAAUGUGCUGAAGAAGCUGAGACCCCUGUGCAGAAGGAAAUAAUGUCACCUCCUGUGAAGACUGACAUGGUAAUGGUAAAGUCCAUUGAUACAGCUGCAUCUGGGGGUCCCGUGCAGGAAGAAAAGGAAGAUGCCUGUCCUUUGGAAUCAACAUACACUGAGGCUGACACAGUAGAGGAUACUGUGCAAAGCAAGGCAGCUGUGGAUUCAAUGAAAAAAGAGCUUGGAAUGGUUGAGACAGAAUCCACAGGUACUGUAAUAACAGAAGCUACGAAGACUGAAGGAGGAGGAGAUCUCACCUCUUGCUCUGGAUUCAUAGAGCAUGCUGUCUCAAACGCCAUUUUGGAUAAUAAAGGAGAUAGUAGUCUGCCAGACUUAAAAUCAGAAGGCCAGGAAGCAGGGUUAAAUGGGAUUGCUGAACAGAUUGAAACUUGUCCUGAGACAUUGCCCUUGGAAACUGACCAUCCACUUUCAGAGUCUACAGCAGCUUCGGAUACCUGCCAGAAAAGACAAGCACCAUCAGAAAAGGUGCUUAUAAUGAAAACAGAAAAAACAUCAAAGAAUGCUGAACUUGCUGGUGGGGACAUACUGUGUGCAGUUCCGCCACAGCAAAAGAUUGAUGCUGAGCAACAGGAGGCUGUCACCACUGGCAUUCUGGAAAAGGAAAGUUACACAGCUUAUAAAUCUUCUGGAACAGCAACAGCUGCAGCACUUGAAGAGCAGGUCAUUGCAGAAGAUGUGAUACUGAUGGCAGCACCAACUGGAACCUUGCAAUCUUUUCUCGAGAAGCCAAAAGAAACAGUGUUCCAAACGAUACAGCAGGUGAGCUGUGCUCACUCAGGACCUGGGACUCAGGACUUUGAUGCCAUGGCAGUAUCUUCUUCUGACAAGGCUGAUUCAGUGGUAGAUGAGCAGGUUUUACAAGCAGGAAGAUGCAGCACAGAUGAUUUGGUCCAGAGACAUGCAUUUGAUGCUAUCCCUAAAAUGCAGCUUCAAAAAUCAAAGUCCAGCGAAGAAUCUGAAAAAAAGGUGACAUCUCCACAAAGAAGCCCCUCUUUAACUCAUACAGAAUUUCAAAAAGACGUUGUUCAAUCUGUGACUAUAGAGUCUCAAAGUACAAAAAUUGUGCUGAAAAUCAUUCAGAAUGCUGUUGAUAAAUUGGAGGAAACAGAAGAACCGGCCUUCACUUCGAAGCAGCAGAGUGACCCAUGUCUGAUUGAUGUAACUAAGUCUGAAAUUCUGGAAGAUAUACAGACUGGUCAACAGUUUCCAGUAAAAGGCAGAGAAGAGAAACACCAAGUGAUUGAACAGUCAAUUACAAUGUUAAAACAAUCUGCAGAGAAACAAGAGACGUUCAAAACAGUAGAAGAAAUGCCUUUGAUUUCUGAUAAGACUGAAGAUGGAGGAAGCUGUGGCUCCAAAAAGACAGAGAUUGAUCUCAAAACAAUUGAAGACAUGUCAGGUACAGUGCCAACACUCAUGCAAGUCCCUGGAUCUGUGAAUGAAGUUGUGAAAGAGACAGGGUUGCAGAAAGAAAAUGGCAAACAAAAACUUCAUUCUGAAAUGGAUACAACUGUUCCAACAGAGACUCAAAGAGACACCCUGGAGGGUACUGGAUCAGAGGAUCUGUCCAAAGAGUCAGUUGAUGAAGUAGGCCAACCAAAGCUCAAGGAUGUGGAAGCUGGACAGACUGUUCAAAUCCAAGAACAAUUGAUAGACCAACAAACACACAUGAAGAGGAAAGAAGACCAUAGUCCGUCAACAGGCUUUGUGGAGACACACACAGAGAAAGAUGUAAAUAAACAAGAUUACACCUCCUCUGAGAGUCCACAGUUAAAAUCAGAGCUCACAGAAUCCUGAGUUUUAAUUUCUGUGGAAAGCUGUGUCUUGCAUUUGGAGGGACGAGUUCCACAAGAAAACAGCAGAAGAGGAUGGCUUCUGCUUAGCUGGGCUGAAGAGCAAUGAUUUUGAACAGUGAGAAUAGACCUCUGCUUUCUGAUGUCAUGCUGAGAAAGGCAUCUGACAAUCCUGAGACACCACCAGGAGCUUUAGCCAUCUCCUUUUCCGUUCGAUUCCUAACACCUCCUUCUCACAAUAUUUGUUAUCCAUGUCUGUGCUGGUAAGACGAGUCGGGCUGGGCUGGGUCAGAAGUGUUCCCUUUUCCAAAAAUGACACCCAUACUUUCACCUAGGAAGGAAGUUGGCAUAUUUGAUGCUCCCCCUAUUAUUAGUUCUUCCAAAACUGGACUGUAAUUCUUUGUGUAUUUAUGUGUAUAUCUUCAAGCGAAAUCUGAUUUUAAUGUAUAUUUCUUCCUCUUUAUAUGUGACGAAAAGAAAGAGUCUUGCCCAAGUGAUUACAGGGAAGAAUUCUGAGUGAGCUACAGCUAGCCAGUAAUGGAUCCCAGUACAUUUCCAUUGCUUCCUAUUGUGUGGAAGGCUAUGAGAAUCGAUGUUUGAUGUUGUAUUUGAUCUUGCUUUCCAUCAAAAGUCAUUGUCCCCCUUGGAAUCAUCAUGAUACCAAUCUGUGAAACAGAACUUCAUUUUCCAUCACAUUCUCUAAGCCUGGCAUUCCUUGUGUUUUGUGUAUUGAAAACAUUUCAGCUGCAGCUGAAUGGAGAGUCAAGCAUGCUUAAGAAGAAUGGUUUCAGUGGGUACAUCCAGACUCUUUUGUGGAAGCUUCUGAUUCAAUGAAGGAACCCCACUGGUGGAAAGGUGCGAGGAGGCAGGCUUUGUGGCUUCUCUUCUCUACCUGCAGCCUCCUGUGCACCCUCCCCCACCCCAUGAGCCAGAUCUGUGCUGAACAGGGUGGACGUGGCACUGGGAGCUGUAGAGGGAGGGAGAAUUGGUGCAGAUCUGCCAAUAAGAACAUUCUUAGUGGAACCCUCCUUGAUGAAUGCUUUGACAGGUGGAAAGCUGGAUCCAAGGCAGUAGUUUUAAGCCUGCCUAAGUAUGCAUUGGCUUUCAAGUUUGAGUAGAAUUUCCCCCCUCUAGAAUCACCUGUGUGGAUAUGGGAUGUUUUUAAAAGCCAGAGAAAUAAAUGACCAUCUCAAACUACUCAGUUAAGAAAUUAUCACAAUUCUGGGCAAAAUGUGAAACUGUUCUUAAUCUAUCAAGAAUUUGAAAAACAGUUCAAAUCUUUUAAACUUUAAGCAUUUUCCUGUUCUUGGAACAUCCUCAUGUUAUAAAAGGGGAUAUGUUUUCUCCCCAGAAUGGUUUUAUUGAGCAAAGGAUUAUGUCUGCUCUGUAUUUGUGUCCCCUUGUUAGGAAAGUGUGUCUCAUUAUGCUUUAUGUACAUUUAGUAAACUGUGAUUUCUGAAAAGUGAUUUAAAUAAAGACUUGGCUUACACUUAGCUUUGCGCUUUGAAUUAAAAUUUACAAAAUACAGUGUAGGAAAUCUUGAGCAAGGCACUCUAAACUAAAUUGCAGUUCUUAAUACAAGUCAUUACAGGUUGUGCAUAAAAACUGGGCAGGCUUGAAAUGCUAAAUAACUGAACAAUGGUUAAAAUGUUCAAAGCAUUUAGUAUGGAUCUUCUAGACAACAAGUAUGUCUAGCAGGUCUACUUAUAUUGCACUUUGUAGCCUUUGCGCAUCUGGCUGAGCCUGUUGCUUGCAUGGCCCAGCAGCUUCACUGUCCUACAUGUAUAGUAAUUUAUUUGAAAAUUUAACCAAGUGAGCCAAAUAGUACCUUUUAGGAAGUGCACAAUGGCAAAAGAAAGGAAAUGGUCACUAGUGUGAUUGCACCAUCUAGUGGUUGCUACAUGCAUUUUGUAGCUUAGGAUCUCCUUUGGCUAACCUAUUACUUUCCAUCUAAUAAAAUAUGGAAAGACAUGAGUUUCUUAAAAAAAAAUAAAAUAUUGCAUAAUAUCUGGAACAGCUUUGCUAAUGUGCAACUAUAAAAAUGACAAUAUUUAGCCUUUUCUGUGUAUUGCAACACAUGGAGUUCUGCAAUGGGAUAGCUGAUAUAUAAAAGAGUUUUGGCAAAACAAGCAAAAACCAUCAAUAGUGUAGCAACAGGGUUUCUUGGAGCAUCAGGAAAGUAAAACAGUCUAAUAGAAUAAUUCAUGUCAAGAUAAAAGACCAUUAAAAGGAUUUUGUUAAAUGAAAUGCUAAGAAAAGUGAGUAGCCAUUUUCUGAACUUGUUUUCACAACUUACCUCUCUCAAUUUGAAUGACUUCCUUUCACUGGAAUCACAGUGCAAGAGGCAAUGAAAUCAUGUUGAUAAAAUCACUGAAACCUGUUGGCUUCUCAUGUAUGGACUUGCCAGACUCGCAACCUGUAGAAGCGCUUUGCUUUGGAAUUAGCCAGUGAGCGGAGGCAGCAGGUUGGGGAGGAUGUUGGCUGCUGGCUCCAUCUCCUCCCUGUCUUCUGUUCAGAUGUGGUGGUGGAGGCCGGAGGGAAGGGAGCCCUGUCUGCAGGGUGUGGCUGCAGACUGAGCAGUCACAACCUUGACGUUCUCCUCUGUCGAUAGCCGCCACCGUGCCUUUGCCGCUCUGCAGUCCACUCCUUCGCUGUGUCACAGCCGCACAGAAGUUCUACCUCCUACCCCACCUCUCAGACCUUACUGGCCAAUUUAAAGGCAAAAAGUUAUUUUGGGUGCCCCUUUGGCAAUUCUGUAGAAUAUCUUCUAACAUGCCUCUCAAAGAACAGCCUCUUCCUUUGCCGCCUCCUGUUCUGUGCAGAUUUUUUUUAACAGCCAAACCUGAAAACUUACAUUUUUGCUGCAGUUAUAUUUUGCAAUAAUGCUAACUACAUUUGUAAAACAUGUCUGGGGAGAAUAAUCUAACCCUUUCACAUUAAUUGGGGUGUUAGUCUACAAAGUCUCUUUCUCAUUCAAAUAUGAUGAACUGCUGAGUAGUUUAGUACCACUGAACCCUCUUUUUCUGGAAAGUAGAUAGUGAGAAUGUGCAGUUUAGCAUGUGCCUCCUUCCAGACUGUAAUCCUGCCAUCACACAAAUUCUUUUGAGAAUAAUCUGUGAGAAGUUCAGUACAUUCAGUGAAAGAUUGGACUUUAAGGGCACAAUCCUGUGCAAGUUCAGACAGAAAAAAGCAUUUUAUGUCUAAAUUUGCACAGGAUUGCAUCUUAACAAAUAGUAAAGAUUCCACCAGAAUAUUCUCCCUCAGCAAGAUAAUAAUCUAAACAUUCUCAGUUAGGAGGUUAUUUGUGGAACAGUUAGAUAUGUAAUGUGUUUACAAUGUGUAAAAAUAUGUAAAAUACUCAGUUACAUGGUAUGUCCAAAAAUGACUUCAGGAAGUCUUGUCUCUUUUGUGUGUAUAUUGGGGGGGGGGGUCAUAGUGGCUGCUUCUUUGCUCCCCAUUUUGAGUCUGAAUUACAAAGUUUGUUCUGAAUGCCAAACUACAAAUUGUUCACUUUCAUCAAUCUCCGUGAUAUGUGAAUCACAUGAAAGGGGGCACUACGCAAGCAGUGGGAGGCAUGUUCCUGCUCCUGGCCUGCCCGCAGAGGCAGGCAUGCUGCCAAGGCUUGCCUACCAAACUCCAGGCAUUCCCCUAGUUGUUUGCAGGGGAAAAGCCUUUGUGGGGGCAACUUCGGGAUUGGCGCUCCUUGUGCUUGGGAACCCUGGUGGUGCAAAAGCCUGCCCGUGAGCAGCUGCCCGCAAGUAGGCUUCCCCUCUGCAGGAGUGCAUGCUCAGCCAGGCAGUGUGCCCAGAGCUGGAAGGGGGAAGCCGGGGCACAGCCCCUCUGUCCAACACUUACGCGAUGCCACAGGGCUACUGCCUGCUCUACCAAAGGUCUGGGCUGUAUGUGGCCUGCCAGUAGUGGAUUAUUCCCUCUAACAGGUGCUUGAGGACCUUUUCUUUUGUGGGCCAUUCCGUGCCAAAAGGAGGGUGAAUCAAGCAUCUGGCAGCCACCACACACCUGCAUUUACAGCCCUCUUUGACAGCUCAUGGGAAAUCAGUUAUUUCUACAGCCUGUUACCUGUGUGAAAAGACAUACUGCAGUAAUUACAGCAAGUGAAAUACUAAUAAGAAAGAUCAAUGGCAUGACCUGUGUAAUCCUGGUUCUGAUCUCUAUAGCUUCAAGCCUGUUAAUAAAUAUGUAAAGUUAUCUAAACAGCAUUUAAAAAUGUAGUAAUCACAAUGUAAAUUAUCAAUGGCUAGAAGUUGGGGAACAAGCACUUAGUUCUUGCUUGUUUUUUUAAAAAAAUACUGAUGUAGGGCCUUUCUAAGCAAUGCAAAGAACACAAAUCAUAUAACCAGUCUUUCUUCUUGUAACUGACCUGUUUCAAAAAAAAAGCGCACCAGAAGAAUUGUCUGAUGGUGUGGGGAGCCUGACUCCAUACACAGAUGCUGCUUUAUUACAGUGCAUUGCUUUGGCCUCAAAAAUACUCAGUCAACGCUGCAAAUUUUAGCUUGUGCCACAACUCCAAGCUUUUGCAGUUCCUUCUAAUCCAGUGUAUUGGAUUAACUGAUAUUUUGAUUUUCUAUGUUGUUUUUAAAGUAGAUUUUCAUGGACUAAAUAAAAUACAAAGACAAUUCA